AUGCUCGCCAGCUCGCUCCUUCAAGAAAGACCACUGUUAACUGGAAACCAAGGCGAAAAUAUGACAUUUCCUCGAGCAGCUCCUUAAAGUUGUGGAUAAGUCAGUUUUUAUGUCGUUCAUUUGUUUGACAUUAACCAUUUUUUGUCGGUUUUCGAAAGCGAACCCAAAAACCGCAAAGCUUGCGCAAUUUAGAAGUUUUAUGAGUGGGCUCGUGAGCUAGCUUAAGUUGCUAGCCCCGUGAGUAAGAAGUCAGGCAGCCGUUUGUCUCAACAUGUUGCGGGGAAACUAGUUUGCAGAGGCAGAGGGCUUGUCGAGCUUUAUGUCGUCGACAUGUUCAUACGAGAAGACGAAGAGUGCGAGGCAGCAAGUUGUUGGACCUCAGGGAAAGUCAGACUACUCCACUAUGGCUAAUCAACAAAAACAGCUGCACCGUUGAUGUGAGAAAGAAGGUCAGGAGGACAACAUCAGCGACUAUGAACAAGGCAGAACAGAAGGACAGGGUCUUAUCCACAAGUGAGGACCCUCUCCCGAUACGCCACACCUCAAGAGCUGACCCUCUGAUCCGAAGUCGACCCCUCAGUGAUAUCUACCCAUUUCAAGCUGACAGAAGUGCAGUCCCAUAUCUUCUGUCUGGCUGCGGUGCCCAAGUUCAGCCCGUGACUUCAGGCUCUGAUGAAAACAAACUGAAUGGACUCAACUCAUCUGCCUGGUCCAACCCUGUUAUCGGUCCGCCUGAGGGAAAGCCUUACUCCUCAAGAAUUAUGAGGCUUUUUUCUAACUCCAAGAAGGGCCCGGUCCCUGCUCACAGUCCAUCCACUGACAGUCCAACCUCAUCUAACAGCAACGGCAGCGACUCGGGCCCCCAACCCUGGACAGGACUUUCGGGUCUGGGUGUUGUGGACUCAUUCAAAAAGCUGCGCUCCUCUGUGCUGCAGGGUAUACAAAGUAGAGGGACAAUCAGCCAAGAAGGAGAGCAUGUCUCUAGUUCAGAUCAGAAAAUGGCUAAUGGCACUGCUGGUCUAGAUGGUGCAUCAAAUAAUUUGAAGUUUGCAGAAGGAUACAGUGUGUCCAAUGGAAGUCAUGGUGGACAAAAGCUGGCUGUGAUGUGCCAGUGUGGAUCAGACAUUGAUGACUUUGAUGACGAUGAAACUGAUGAAGGAGACGGUCUCACACGGAAUACGCGAUUCUCAAGGAGUAUCAGGAGAGCGUACGGAGCUGGACGUAUCUCUUUAUUUGACACAGGAAACGGGAAAAUAUCAGGAAAAAGCACAAAUGAAGCAACAGACUGUCAGAAAGCAGAUCUAACUUUGAAGGAAAAUUGUCAAACAAAGAACAUGAACGAGAACACAAAUGUGAAUGUUCUGAGCAGACUGAGCAAAAGUGCAGAAAAUCUUCACAUAUUUAAAGCAACUUUCAGACGCAAAGCUCCCCAUUCAACUCAAGAAGAAUCCCAGAGAACUUGCACAUCUAAAGGGGAACCGGUUAUCCAGAGGACAGCCAGUGCUUCCUCAGUGGACCUCCGUGGCCGUGCUGGAAGGAAAUCACCUGUGAAAACCAAGGGGCCAAUGCUAAAGCUUGUAGACAGUGUGACUGACAUGACUGUCCGACGCAGGCGAAGUCCGUCCCCAAACCCCACCUCUCCGUCACCAAUGUCUCCUCUGAGCCGUCUCCAUGAUGACUACUCCCGCCGUGUGCCUUGCUUAACAACCAACGAGCGACAGCGGCGGCCCUCACCAAUCAGAGCCAGGGUCAUGUCUGCUGGACACAAUCCUCUGGUUCAUUCACAGCCUGAUGUCAGGCCGCAGCAGCACCAGGCCCUAAUCAGCCCGGUUCCUGUGGAGACGGAGCAGACCUCACCUGGUACCUCUGCUAAUGUUGAACCGCUACGUGUAACAACCAGGGAAAUUAAACAGACAGCAGAAAACAAUUCAUCUUCACUGAGCCAAAAAGAGCCUGCACAGCAACAAGAACAGACCGAGGCCAACGUGAUACCAAAUGAGAUGACUAAAGACACAGAAGAGUCGGAAGUAUUUCUCCAAUCAGAGGAAUCCUCACCAGCAUCCACCAGCACCCCUCCAAUCUCGCCUACAUGCUCAUCAGAGUUACCCUCGUCUCCCACAUCUCCUACAUCUCCCACAUCAUCCACAGAAGCUUCUCCAGAUUCAACAGAAACCUCCUCCGUCAAGCCUAGAAGGAGGAAUGGGCGCCUAAGACCUCGGCCCACCUCGGACUAUGGGCAGCUACUCUCAAGGAAGCACUCCAUUCCUGAGGAAGUUGCAGAACUGUGUGCUGGAGAGAGGACAGCAAAAACAUCAUUGCACAAAGACUGUGGCAGUUGUAACAUCAAUGGGAAUGGAGAAAGCCUUGAGAGCUGCAACAUGUCUAACGGAGAUGUUCAAGGGUGUAGGCAACGGCCGGUCUCUGUGAUAGGAGUUGUGGAUCUAUUUUCUCCUGAUGCUGUGGAGAAGGAUGGCCAUCUUCCUUCUCCUCUGUCGCGGCCGCCCAUCCCCUCCCACCAGGUCCCCCCCUACAGAGCGGUGUCAGCCAGGUUUCGCCCCUCCACCUUCUCACAGAGCACCCCCAUCGGACUGGACCGUGUCGGACGGCGUAAGCUCCACAGAGUGCUCAGCGAUGGUGUGUCGGAGUGCUCGGCUACUCUUGAUGACAGCGUGAGCGAGGAGGAGGAGGGCAGCUUUGAUGAGCUCACUGAUGGCACUCCUUACCUUCAGCCGGGGGUGGAGUUUUCUGUGCUCAACGAGUGGAUAAGCUCUGGACACACGGUGUGCGCUGAGGCGCUCUGGGACCAUGUGACCAUGGAGGAGCAGGAGCUGGCCUUCAAAGCCGGAGACGUGAUCCGUGUCCUGGAUGCCUCACAUAAGGACUGGUGGUGGGGCAGAGUGGCUGACAGAGAGGCCUGGUUCCCCUCCAGCUUUGUGAGGGUGCGAGUGAACCAAGAAGACUCUGGUGCAGAAAGCGUGGAGAGUGUAGCUGACCAGGAAGAUCCACCUCCUAGAGAUGCACACAGUACGCAGCACAAAGAGCAGAUGAGAACAAAUGUGGUUCAAGAAAUCAUGAACACUGAGCGCAUUUACAUCAAGCACCUGAAAGACAUCUGUGAGGGUUACAUCCGUCAGUGCCGCAAACACCCGGACAUGUUCACUGAGCUGCAGCUGAAGACCAUCUUCAGUAACAUAGAGGAAAUCUACAAGUUUCAGAGACAGUUUCUCAGAGACCUGGAGAAGAAGUACAACAAAGAGCAGCCACAUCUCAGUGAAAUAGGAUCCUGUUUUCUCUUGCAGGACGAGGGCUUCUCUAUCUACUCGGACUAUUGUAACACCCAUCCAGAAGCCUGUGCUGAACUGCAGCGACUCAUGAAGUCAGGCAAAUACAAACAUUUCUUCGAGGCCUGCAGACUCCUCCAGCAGAUGAUUGACAUUUCCAUCGCUGGUUUCUUGCUCACACCUGUCCAGAAGAUCUGUAAAUACCCCCUACAGCUUGGAGAACUGCUGAAGUACACCCCAAAAGACCACAGUGACUACGGUGGAGUAAGCAAAGCAUACGAGACAAUGAAGAACGUAGCGAGUUUGAUCAACGAGAGAAAGAGACGACUGGAGAGCAUCGACACAAUCGCUCACUGGCAGGUGGCCAUUCUGCACUGGGAGGGAUCGAAUGUGCUAGAGCGCAGCUCAGAGCUGAUCCACUCCGGUGAGCUGACCCGAGUUGUCCGACAAGGAAAAAUGCAACAGCGCAGCUUCUUCCUGUUUGACCACCAGCUGGUCUUCUGUAAAAAAGACGUCCUGCGUAGAGACCUGCUCCAUUACCGAGGACGGCUGGAUAUGGACGAGACAGAGGUGGUGGAUGCGCCUGAUGGUCGGGACUCGGACCUGGGUCUGACCCUGAAGAACGCCCUGAGGCUGCGCAACGCCUCCACACUGGAGUUUAUGUGCGUGCUGUGCUGCAGGAAGGCUGAGGACAAGCAGAGGUGGUUAGAGGCAUUCGCCAAGGAGAGACACAGAGUGAAGGAAGACCAAGAGAUGGGAAUGGAGAUCACUGAGGAGCAAAGAAAACAGGCCAUUGUUAAUGCCAGAAGAGCCAAGCAGGGGAAGAACAAAACCAUGGGUUAUUCUGCUUCUGUCCCACCGCACCAUCAAAACCUCCACCCACUUCACCAGCGUCACAUCACCAUUCCAACCAGCGUGCCUCAGCAGCAGGUCUUUUCUCUGGCCGAGCCCCCGAAACGAAAGCCUUACCACUUGUUGUACAGCAUCACCCGCAACGCCUUUUUCAGGAAGUGACUCUGCUCUUGUGCACGUUCAGAGCAGGCCCACACCGUCCAGAAGACUUAAAGAACAUUAUCUUUUCCACACAUAUUUUCCUGUCUCUGAAUGUUUGUUUCUGUGCCUCAUGUGUCUUGUGUGUCUUUUUUUUUGUUGCAUUUAAGCUUAAGUGCUUACACUUUGAAAGAGGCAUGGCGUAAGUGUUAAAAUACUGACUGUCCAUUUUGUUGGUGUGUUAAAAAUGCUGCUCACUUAAGAGAUUCCCACCUCUCUGUCUUAGUAGUUCCAGCUGAAGACUUUUUUAAUGUUAAUUAUGACAAAGAUGUAUGUUCUGCUUUUAUGUUGACAAACAUGGUUUUAGUUUAUUUCACAAAGGCUGGACCCUUUUUUGCUGUGAGUCUGUCAACUCUGAGCACAAAACGGUCAGAGGCAAAAUAACUGACAUCAUUCAUCUUCUGUUAACCCUGUAAAUAAAAAAUCUUGUACAAACAUA